AUGGGUACCGAGGGCGUCCGAAAAGCCUCUCCAAAUCGCCUGCGGACCAGCAGCUGGGCUGAUGGUCUGCGUGGAAUAGCCUCAAUCUUCGUCGUGAGCAGCCACCUCGUGCUAUGCUUUGCUCGAUGGGUAUUACCCCCCCUGGUCGCCGAGACCGGCAAGAGUCUGCUCUUCCAACUCCCAUACUUUCGCCUCAUCGCGCAAGGAAAUGCCUGGGUUGCCAUCUUUUUUGUUCUGCUGGGCUACGUCAAUUCGCUCAAAGCCGUUCAACUCGCACGAGCCGGCGCUGUUGGCGACGCUCUCAACUCGCUCGCCUCGAGCACCUUUCGGCGCACUGGCCGGCUGGUCUUUCCCGCAACUGCGGUCACAGUUCUUGCCUGGUUCAUCUGCCAGCUCGGCGCCUAUCAGCUCGGCAGACGGACCGAUGCCUGGUGGGUAAGAGAAACGAGUGCGAAGCCUAGUACAUCGUGGUUUGGGGCCCCUGAAGACUUGUUCAUCGCGGUGGUUAGGACAUGGACCGAAGGGGAAAACCCAUAUGAUCAACCCCAAUGGGCCCUGAUUCAUUUGUUCAAAGGGUCACUAUAUGUAUUUCUCACGCUGCUCGCUUUGGUAAACACAAGCUCCAAGUUUCGGCUCACCGCUGAAGCGUUUUUGUACAUUUACUCGUGGUACACCGGAGAUGCAAUUGUUGGAAUCAAUGUUUAUGCCGGAAUGAUGCUGGCUGAACUCUCGAUGGAUACGCCGUCGGAACCGAUACCGAGAACGAAGAGCAGGAUAAGACUCCCAAUCCGCGAAAGCGGACCAUAUAUCAUAGCAGCCUUGGGCCUCUAUCUCUGCUCGUUCCCUGACUCAUCCUAUGAGAUGGCAGCCUGGUCCACACGACUCUGGAAGAUCGGACAGGUCAUUUUCCCAUCGAAUGCGCAGUACGGCCGCUUUUGGCCGGGAAUCGGAGCACAAAUGCUCACCUUUGCCAUCCUCCACUCCCCUUCGAUGCGUAGAGCCCUUUCCCACCCUUGGCUCAUGUGGAUCGGCGGACUGAGCUUUCCGCUAUAUCUCCUGCAUGGUCCGUUAAUCCGGUCGCUCAUGACCUACAUGGUGUUUUUGAUCCCGUCCAUAACGUUCACACCGGAUCGGCUUGAGAACGGGUCUCCAGAUCCAAACUCGCUCAUUCCGAUUCCAAACACGUUUGUACUGUGCCUGACUCUGCCUGUUUUCUUCGCCAUAUUGCUGGUCUUGUCGAAGCUGUGGGCUAUCCACGUUGACCCUUGGUUUGGCGUCUGGACAGAUGCCUUUGAACAAUUUGCCCGUUCGUGGGGCAAUGAACAGAUACAGUCUUUUCCUUGGAGGAAGAACAAGGUUAUUCUACCGCUACAUGGACCCAAAACGUGA